AUACGGGGUUUAGGUGUCGGCCUUGAAGAGGCAGCGUUUUCUAGGUUUGUCUGUGAAUCUCUCGCUCUCUCUCGCUUGCUCGCUCUCUCUCUUUCUCCAGAAGAUUCUGUCGGUUCCUCUUGCUCUAGGUACCUGGCUCUGCGACGCUCCGCCAUGAUGGGCCACCGUCCCGUGCUCGUGCUCAGCCAGAAUACAAAGCGUGAAUCUGGAAGAAAAGUUCAGUCUGGAAACAUCAGUGCUGCUAAGACUAUUGCAGAUAUCAUUCGAACAUGUUUGGGACCCAAGUCCAUGAUGAAGAUGCUUUUGGAUCCAAUGGGAGGCAUCGUGAUGACCAAUGAUGGCAAUGCUAUUCUUCGGGAGAUUCAAGUCCAGCAUCCAGCAGCCAAGUCAAUGAUUGAAAUUAGCCGGACGCAAGAUGAAGAGGUUGGAGAUGGAACUACAUCAGUAAUUAUUCUUGCGGGAGAGAUGUUGUCUGUGGCUGAGCACUUCCUGGAGCAGCAGAUGCACCCAACAGUGGUGAUCAGUGCUUAUCGCAAAGCACUAGAUGAUAUGAUCAGCACUCUAAAGAAAAUCAGCACCCCUGUUGACAUCAAUAACCGUGAUACGAUGUUGAACAUCAUCAAUAGCUCCAUUACUACCAAAGCAAUUAGUCGGUGGUCUUCUUUGGCUUGUAAUAUUGCCCUGGAUGCUGUCAAGACCGUACAGUUUGAGGAGAAUGGUCGGAAAGAGAUCGACAUCAAAAAAUAUGCAAGAGUGGAAAAGAUACCUGGGGGCAUCAUUGAAGACUCCUGUGUCCUACGUGGCGUCAUGAUUAACAAGGAUGUGACCCAUUCACGAAUGAGGCGCUAUAUAAAGAACCCUCGAAUCGUGCUGCUGGAUUCAUCUUUGGAAUAUAAGAAAGGAGAAAGCCAGACCGACAUUGAGAUUACACGAGAGGAAGACUUUGCCCGAAUCCUCCAGAUGGAAGAAGAAUACAUCCAGCAGCUCUGCGAAGACAUCAUCCAGUUGAAGCCUGAUGUGGUCAUCACAGAAAAGGGCAUUUCAGAUUUAGCUCAGCACUACCUCUUGCGAGCCAAUAUCACAGCUAUCCGUAGAGUUCGGAAGACAGACAAUAACCGGAUUGCUAGAGCCUGUGGGGCCCGCAUAGUCAGCCGACCAGAAGAGCUGAGAGAAGAUGAUGUUGGCACCGGAGCAGGCCUGCUGGAAAUCAAGAAAAUUGGAGAUGAGUACUUCACAUUCAUCACUGAAUGCAAAGACCCCAAGGCCUGUACCAUUCUCCUCAGAGGAGCCAGCAAAGAAAUUCUCUCGGAAGUAGAGCGCAACCUACAGGAUGCUAUGCAGGUGUGCCGCAAUGUACUUCUAGACCCUCAGCUGGUGCCAGGAGGUGGAGCCUCUGAGAUGGCUGUGGCCCAUGCCUUGACAGAAAAAUCCAAGGCCAUGACUGGUGUGGAGCAAUGGCCCUACAGGGCUGUAGCCCAGGCUCUGGAGGUCAUCCCUCGCACGCUCAUCCAGAACUGUGGUGCCAGCACCAUCCGUCUAUUGACCUCCCUUCGGGCCAAACACACACAGGAAGGCUGUGAGACCUGGGGUGUAAAUGGAGAGACAGGGGCUUUGGUGGACAUGAAGGAACUGGGCAUAUGGGAGCCUUUGGCUGUGAAGCUACAAACAUACAAGACAGCAGUGGAGACGGCAGUGCUGUUGCUGAGGAUUGAUGACAUCGUCUCAGGCCACAAAAAGAAGAGUGAUGAUCAGAGCCGGCAAGGCGGGGCUCCUGAUGCUGGCCAAGAGUGAAUGGUGGGCAAGGCAACUUCAGCACACAGACCAGCAGUCCUUCCUUUUCCUCAACCAGUGUGCCAGGAACACUGUGGACGUCUUUGUUUGGAAGGGAUCAGGUUGAGGGGCAGCCCCAAUCCCUCUCUGUCCUAGCUCAGUUUGCAAAAGGCACUGACAUGUAAUUCUUCUCUAUUGUAAGCUUUCCAUUUAGUUUGCUUCCUAUGAUUAAAUCUAAGUCAUUUGA